UAUUUCCAAUUCCCAAUCGAGCGAAACGCCAACUCCAUUUCCAAUCUUUCUGCUCUCGCUUCACUUUCUUUCUGGAUCAGGUUUUCGCAGGAGACAGGACAGAAUGGCGUCCGUGGUCGGAUCGACCACAGAGAAGUUGUCGAAGCUCGACAUAAAUGGAGAAUCGAUUUUUUCUGUUCCAAAUUUGCACAAGAAUCUCUCCAUUCUCUCCCCUGACCAGAUUAAGCUUGCGAGGAUGUUGGUGGAGGCCGGGCAGAGUCAUUUGUUUCAAAGCUGGGCGGAGCCCGGUGUUGAGGAUGAAGAAAAGAGAGGUUUCUUUGAACAGGUGGCUCGACUUAAUGCUAGCUAUCCAGGAGGUUUGACAUCAUAUAUUAAAACAGCAAGAGAACUCUUAGCAGAUUCAAAGGCCGGAAAGAACCCAUUUGAUGGCUUUACACCUUCUGUCCCAACAGGAGAGGUUCUAACUUAUGGUGAUGAUAACUUCGUCAAUUUUGAGGAACUAGGCAUCAGAGAAGCACGGAAUGCUGUAUUUGUUCUGGUUGCAGGUGGCCUUGGGGAGCGUCUUGGAUAUAAUGGAAUUAAGUUAGCUCUUCCAUCAGAGACCACUAUGGGGACAUGUUUCUUACAAAAUUAUAUCGAGUCUAUUCUAGCUCUUCAAGAUGCUAGCUGUCGGCUGGUACAAGGUGGAUGUCAAAAUCAGAUUCCACUGGUUAUAAUGACGUCAGAUGACACACAUGCACGCACAAUAGAACUGUUAGAAUCAAAUGCUUAUUUUGGAAUGGAACCUAGUCAAGUAAAGCUUCUAAAGCAGGAAAAAGUUGCAUGCUUAGACGAUAAUGAUGCCAGGCUUGCAGUGGACCCAAAAAGCAAAUACAGAAUUCAGACAAAACCUCAUGGCCAUGGUGAUGUGCAUUCACUUCUUUAUUCCAGUGGUCUUCUCAAUAUAUGGUAUGAUGCUGGUUUGAGAUGGGUUCUGUUUUUCCAAGAUACAAAUGGACUUCUGUUCAAGGCAAUUCCAGCUGCUUUGGGUGUGAGCUCCUCCAAACUAUAUGAUGUUAAUUCUCUUGCUGUUCCACGCAAAGCAAAAGAAGCUAUUGGAGGAAUUACCAAGCUUACUCAUGCUGAUGGGAGGACAAUGGUGAUCAAUGUGGAAUACAAUCAGCUCGAUCCUCUACUAAGAGCAACUGGACAUCCUGACGGUGACAUCAAUUGUGAGACAGGAUACUCUCCUUUCCCUGGAAAUAUAAACCAAUUGAUUUUGAAGCUUGGUCCUUAUAUCAAGGAACUCACUAAAACAGGAGGAGCCAUAAAGGAGUUUGUUAACCCGAAAUACAAAGAUUCGAGUAAAACUUCAUUUAAGUCCUCAACUCGAUUAGAGUGUAUGAUGCAAGACUAUCCAAAAACGUUGCCUCCAUCAGCAAGGGUUGGAUUUACAGUGAUGGAUACAUGGCUUGCUUAUGCACCUGUGAAAAACAACCCUGAGGAUGCUGCUAAGGUACCAAAGGGAAAUCCAUAUCAUAGUGCAACUUCUGGGGAAAUGGCCAUAUAUCGGGCAAACAGCCUCAUCCUCAGAAAGGCUGGUGGUGUUCAAAUAGAUGAUCCAGUACAGGAGGUCUUCAAUGGACAAGAGGUGGAAGUGUGGCCACGAAUCACAUGGAAGCCAAUAUGGGGACUGACAUUUUCAGAGAUUAAAAGAAAAAUCAGUGGAAGCUGCUCUAUUUCUCAGAGGUCUACCUUGGUUAUUAAGGGCUGUAACAUCUUUCUUGAGGAUCUCUCCUUGGAUGGAACUCUUGUUGUCAACUCUGUUGAAGAUGCUGAGGUCAAAGUGGGAGGCGUGGUGCAAAACAAGGGUUGGAUUCUGGAAAAAGUUGACUAUAAAGAUACUACAGUGCCUGAGGAGGUAAGGACCAGGGGGUUCAGAAUCAACAAAGUAGAGCAGCUGGAAAAGAAUUAGAUUAAAUGACCCAGUGAAGUUCCAGUUGAGGCCUUGGAAGGGGAACUUACUCAGAGCAAGGUCAUACAAGCGUCUUUAAAUAAAGGUAUUUGAUGCUAAUAAAAGCUUUCUUUAUUUUUCAAGAAAUAAAGAUCUCUCCCUUUUGUAACUCAAUAUUGUAUACUAGUUGAUGGUUCACCGAAAUAAUGAGGAGAUUGUAAGCUGUCAGGUGGGAUUGUUCCCCCGUUUUUGUUUCCUUUUCCUUUGUGUCUGUUUUGAUAAUUCUUUCCAUUUCUCGACAAGGACUGAGAAAGCAAAUUAGUCCACAAUAAACUAUCUAUGCCGAGGCUUCCAUAGUUAUCUUAGUUCUGUUGAGAGUUGAGAAUGUGUCUAAUGACUCUAAUCUGUGCUAAAUCCAACUCAAUGUUUGGUUGGGAAUUUUCGAUCCAACUCAAUUUGGGUUUUAGUGGUUA